CCAUCAUAGGAAAAAUGUUUAAAACCCAGUUUUCCUCUUACUAGUUUUAAUGAUUUGUGGUUCCACAUUUCACAAUUCUUCUGGCAGACUUGGAUGUACAUACGAUUUUUUUGAGAGUUCUAGAGUUUUUUCGACUGUAUGGUUAUUUUAUAAUUAUUUUAUUUAUUUUUCCUCUUUUCUUCCCUGUAUAUUUUGUGUGUGUUUGUCUUUAUCCCCCUAUUUCCGUGGUGCUGCUACUAAAACUAAAUUUCCCUUCUGGGAUUAAUAAAGUUGAUCUUGAAUCUUGAAUUUUAUCUACCACUUUUAAAAAGCGAACAGCAGAGGGCGCUGUCACACUGUUGUCUUCUUUCAUCGUGUCAACGCAAUUACCGUCAGUCUGGUCACGUGACACACUCCUUUGGCAAGUUGUUCCCAUCUUCCACAGUCAUGGCGGUGUCGAGGAGUCCCGCAGAUGGAGUAAACAGCGCGUCAUAAUUCUCCUUUCGGUCGCUUUUCCACGCAGGACCUGUUGUUUCUGCUGCCCACGGGAACGUCACGGACACCCGGCUGCAGGCUGCUGCGCUUCCAACCAUGGCCGACCGCGGCGUUGAUCUGUCGGCUCUGCCUAAAGAGGUCAGGGACCAGCUGGCGGAGUUGGAUCUGGAGCUGUCGGAAGGUGACAUCACUCAGAAGGGAUAUGAGAAGAAAAGGACCAAACUCCUGGCUCCAUUUAUAUUGAACACUCCAGCUGCGCCGCUCCUUCAGAAUGACCUGCCGCCCGCUGCUCCCACUUCCUCCAGCCACGCCCCUUCACCUGCCAACUCGUCCCGGUACCGCGAGCGGCGCUCUCGCCGAACGCAUCGGAAUGGAGGAACCAGAGACGACCGGUACAGAUCAGAUAUUCACACUGAGGCGGUACAAGCCGCCCUGGCCCAGCAUAAAGAGGAGAAGAUGGCUCUUCCUAUGCCCACAAAGCGCCGGUCAACCUAUGUGCAGUCUCCCAUUAACACUCGCACUCCACCAGACUCCUCAUCGGGGUCUGAGGAUGAGUCGGCGGUUCGGAGGCAGUCCUCAGUGGUUGGUCCCUCAUCUCAGGUCAGUCCCAACUUGCAGAGCCCGGAAUCUUGGUUGACCCGCUCUGCCCUGGGCUCCUCCACCUCCUCUUCUGCCUCCUCCACCCUCUCACACGGAGAGGCCAAGCCACAGCCUCAGGGCCAGGCCCAGGCGCAGCCUCAGUACAAGCCACAGUACCAGCCUCUGUACCAGCCACAGGAGCAGAGCCGCUCCGCUGCGGUGACCAGCAUGAUGGCCCAAAGCCGCAUCGCUCCCUCUGUGAACAGCGCCCCCCCUCCAGAUGUGACCUCUGUGGCCCCCCCAGUCAGAGGCCCUCGAGUGGACCUGCCAGCCAAAACUGUCGCCCGUGGAAUGAACCAGGGUCAGAGCCGCUCCAGCAUGAUGGAGACCGCAGACGCGAGAGGUAAUAUACAGAGAGUUCCUGUGAGCAGCAGAGUGUCCACCAAGAUCCAGCAGCUGCUUAACACUCUCAAAAGGCCUAAGAAACCCCCGCUCAGUGAGUUCUUCACCGACGACUCCGAGGAAAUUGUCCAAGUUCCACAGCCAGACCCCAACACUCCCAAACCAGAGGGCCGGCAGAUCAUACCAGUGAAGGGGGAGCCUCUGGGAGUGGUCAGUAACUGGCCCCCGGCCUUACAGGCAGCUUUGGCUCGAUGGGGAGCCACUCAGGGGAAGAGCCCUGCCCUCACAGCUCUGGACAUCACAGGAAAGCCACUCUACACUCUGACUUAUGGGAAACUCUGGAGUCGCAGCGUGAAACUGGCGUACACGCUCCUUAACAAGCUAGGAGCCAAGAACGAGCAGAUCCUCAAACCUGGAGACAGGGUUGCAUUGGUGUACCCCAACAGUGAUCCUGGGAUGUUCUGGGUAGCUUUCUACGGCUGCCUCCUGGCUGAGGUCAUACCUGUACCUAUUGAGGUUCCACUGUCUCGGAAGGAUGCAGGCAUCAGCCAGGUGGGCUUCCUGCUUGGAAGCUGUGGCGUAGGUCUGGCUUUAACCAGUGAAAUCUGCUUGAAAGGCCUACCCAAGACCCCCACUGGGGAAAUACUGCAGUUCAAAGGCUGGCCUCGACUUAAGUGGGUGAUAACAGACUCAAAGUACCUGACCAAGCCGUCUAGAGACUGGCAGCCGCACAUCCCCACUGCUAAUACUGAUCCUGCAUACAUCGAAUAUAAGGCGAGUAAGGACGGCACGGUGGUGGGUGUGGCUGUGUCCAAAGUGGCCAUGCUGACUCACUGCCAAGCGCUCACCCAAGCCUGUAACUACUGUGAGGGGGAAACUUUAGUGAAUGUCCUGGACUUCAAAAAGGAUAUGGGCUUAUGGCAUGGAGUUCUCUCGGCUGUCAUGAACCGGAUCCACACCAUCAGCGUUCCCUAUGCAGUGAUGAAAGCGUGUCCUCUCUCCUGGGUUCAGAGGGUCCACAUUCAUAAAGCUCGAAUAGCUUUGGUGAAAUGCCGUGACCUGCACUGGGCUAUGAUGGCUCAUCGGGAACAGAGAGACACCAGCCUGGCGUCGUUACGAAUGCUAAUCGUUGCUGAUGGUUCAAAUCCCUGGUCUGUGUCCUCCUGUGAUGCCUUCCUAAAUGUUUUUCAGUCUCACGGGCUGAAACCGGAGGUGAUUUGCCCUUGUGCCACCUCUCCUGAGGCCAUGACAGUAGCUAUUCGGAGACCCGGAGUCCCGGGCGCACCCCUCCCUGCGCGUGCCAUCCUUUCUUUGAGCGGCCUGAGCCAUGGUGUCAUCAGGGUCAACACCGAGGACAAGAACUCUGCCCUGACUGUGCAAGAUGUGGGACAUGUCAUGCCUGGAGCUCUGAUGUGCAUAGUUAGACCUGAUGGACCUCCUCAGCUCUGUAAAACGGAUCAAAUUGGAGAAAUCAUAAUCAACUCGCGCGCCGGCGGCACCAUGUAUUACGGCCUGCCUGGACUCACCAAAAACACUUUUGAGGUAAUCCCAGUGAACGCCAACGGAGUUCCCAUCGGAGAGAUUCCGUUUGUGCGGUCGGGACUGCUCGGGUUUGUGGGCCCAGGUAGUUUGAUCUUUGUGGUGGGGAAGAUAGAAGGCCUGUUGAUGGUGAGUGGAAGAAGACACAACGCUGACGACUUAGUGGCCACCGCUCUGGCUGUUGAGCCAGUCAAGACGGUGUACCGUGGGAGGAUCGCUGUGUUUUCAGUCACUGUGUUCUACGAUGAAAGAGUGGUCAUCGUGGCAGAACAGAGGCCAGACGCCAGUGAGGAGGACAGCUUCCAGUGGAUGAGCAGGGUGCUACAGGCUAUUGAGAGCAUCCACCAGGUAGGCCUCUACUGUCUGGCUCUCGUCCCAGCCAACACCUUACCCAAAACCCCCCUGGGUGGCAUCCACAUCUCCGAUACCAAGCAGUUCUUCUUGGAGGGCAGUCUGCACCCCUGCAACAUCCUGAUGUGUCCUCAUACUUGUGUCACAAACUUGCCCAAGCCCCGGCAGAAGCAGCCAGUUGGUGUUGGCCCUGCAUCUGUCAUGGUGGGCAACCUGGUGGCGGGGAAGCGGAUCGCUCAGGCCGCAGGAAGGGACCUCGGCUUGAUCGAAGACCAGGAUCUGGUCCGCAAGCUCUGUAUGUGGCCCACUGUGAUGCAUCAGUAUUUAACCGAGGCUCUUCAGUGGAGGGCCCAAACUGAUCCAGACCACGUCCUCUAUGUUCUCCUGAAUGCAAAGGGUGUGACUGUAGGAACAGCCACUUGUGUCCAGCUUUACAAACGGGCAGAGAAGAUCGCUGCAGCUCUCACUGAGAAAGGUAGCAUCAACACUGGUGACAAUGUGGUUCUUCUUUAUCCUCCUGGCAUUGAUUUGAUUGCAGCCUUCUACGGUUGUCUAUAUGCUGGAUGUGUUCCUGUAAAUGUCCGACCUCCACAUCCUCAGAACCUGGCUGCCACGCUGCCAACCGUCCGGAUGAUUAUUGAUGUCAGUAAAGCUGGAUGUAUCCUUACAACUCAAAACCUCAUGAGAAUUCUGCGCUCCAAAGAAGCUGCCGUCUCUGUCAACAUUAAGACUUGGCCAACAAUUAUUGAUACAGAUGAUCUUCCUCGCCGCCGACCUCCACAAAUUUAUAAACCGCCCACUGCAGAGAUGAUAGCUUAUCUAGAUUUCAGUGUGUCUACUACAGGCAUGCUCACUGGUGUCAAGAUCUCUCAUGCAGCAGUCAGUGCGUUGUGUCGCUCCAUCAAGCUCCAGUGUGAACUCUACUCCUCUCGCCAAAUAGCCAUCUGUCUGGAUCCAUACUGCGGUCUGGGCUUUGUCUUGUGGUGCCUCGCAAGUGUUUACUCAGGUCAUCAGUCCAUCCUCAUUCCUCCCUUUGAGCUGGAGAGCUGCUUGUCUUUGUGGCUUAGCACGCUCAGCCAGUAUCGCAUCAGAGACACCUUUUGUUCUUACUCUGUGAUGGAGCUCUGCACCAAAGGCCUGGGCACUCAGACAGAGUUGCUGAAAGCCCGAGGUGUCAACCUGUCAUGCGUGCGGAGUUGUGUGGUGAUUGCAGAGGAGCGGCCUCGCCUUGCUCUCUCACAGUCCUUUUCCAAGCUGUUUAAGGAUGUGGGACUGUCCUCCAGAGCGGUCAGCACCGCGUUUGGCUCCAGAGUUAACCUGGCGGUCUGUCUGCAGGGUACCACUGGUCCUGAUCCCUGCACGGUUUAUGUAGACAUGAAGUCUCUGCGCCAUGACAGAGUGAGGCUGGUGGAAAGAGGAGCACCUCAGAGUCUCCCUCUUAUGGAGUCUGGCAAGAUACUGCCAGGCGUUCGAGUAAUUAUAGUAAACCCAGAGACCAAAGGCCCACUUGGGGACUCGCAUUUAGGCGAGAUCUGGGUGAAUAGCCCCCAUAAUGCCAGUGGUUACUACACCAUCUAUGGAGAGGAAGGUCUCCAGGCUGACCACUUCAACACCAAGCUCAGCUUUGGAGACCCACACACUCUGUGGGCCAGAACUGGUUAUUUGGGUUUUGUGAAGAGAACAGAGCUUCUGGAUGCUAGCGGGGACCGCCAUGACGCUCUUUUUGUGGUGGGCUCACUGGAUGAGACGUUGGAGCUGCGGGGUCUGCGCUACCACCCCACUGACAUCGAAACAUCCGUUUCUCGAGCUCAUCGAAGUAUUGCUGAGAGUGCUGUCUUUACAUGGACCAACCUCCUGGUGGUGGUGUCUGAGCUGUGUGGUUCGGAGCAGGACGCCCUGGACUUGGUUCCUCUGAUCACCAACGUGGUCCUCGAGGAGCACCACCUCAUUGUGGGCGUGGUGGUCAUCGUGGACCCCGGUGUCAUACCCAUCAACUCGAGAGGAGAGAAGCAGCGCAUGCACCUACGGGACUCCUUCCUUGCUGACCAGCUUGAUCCCAUCUACGUUGCUUACAACAUGUGAGCACUUCAGGUGGACCGGCCUUUAUUGCUUCUCUUCAGCACCAUCAUUGGAGUGACUGGCUGGGUGGUGCGUCUGAGGCAUGAACCAACAUGUGCUGACACCCAGCCCUGUGUGACACCAGCAUAUCUUGGCCACUGCAUGCCUGUAAUUGGUUUUGGCAUUGUUCACUGUGGUUUUAUAUAUUGAUAGAAUUUUGCAAAUAAGACAGAAGCGACAUUUAACUUUGAAAUCCGAAGAAAGUCUGAGUCACUUUUUUCAGUUAAAGAAAGGGUAAAAGGCAGUCCCUCUAGGAGUUUGUAAUGUUGGGUUGCAAGUUUUAAUGCAAAUUCAUCUUAAAUAUUUCCCAUACUCACAAUUUGACAAAAUUUAACCCAAUAUUUAUUUAGUCCUCAUUUAGCACUUCAUAUGAAGAAUGCUCAUAGAACGCGGUUCUCUUCCAUUUAUCUAUAAAACAGCACCUCACAACCAAGAUUGUCUCAAAGCACUACACAAAAAUGACAAAAACAUCAAACAGAGCUUUAUUCAAUUGAAUUGUUUUAAAUCAUUGUAGUCCAGAAAAUUCCAAUAAGGACAAAUGAUGCUAAAUCUUUUGGUUCAAUACAAAUGAUAUAAAUGAUACAAAUAAUACGAAUGACAGUGAGUGGUUUGUGGAACAGACUGGGUUACUCCAUCAAAUGGUUUACUGUGAAAUACCCACCCUGGACUUUACACUCAGCUUUACACUCAGCAAUACCUCAAAUAAGACAUAAAAGAAUAUUUAGUUUGUCUAGACUGGUCUUAAAGGAUAUUGGUAUAAACUUAUUUUUUUUAAAUAUCUAAAUGACAAAGAAAGUGGCAUCAGUUUUUGUUUAACCAAAAACAAAACAGAAAUUUGACAGAUUCACAACUCUAACGCUGACACCGACUGAAGAGUCAUGACCAGCAAGUGGAAAUGUCACAGAACAUGAUUAAAAAGGUUUCCUGUUUUUUUUAUGACUUGGUUGAGACCAGUGGGGCAUUUUUUAGGUUUAGUUCACUUUUUUUCCUUUAAGGUUUAAGUAAGCAGUCAAAUGAAAAAUGAAUAUAGUUUUAACGCCGCGUCACACAGCCACUACGUACAGUUUGAGCAAAGUGCACGGAUGAAAAUUGGUCAUACGUGAAUAUAUGUGGAAAAAGGGAGAAAAGUUGUGGUUUUUACAUGAAAUUUCUACAGAUUUAUCACUAAUGAGCCAUGUUAAAACCAUGGAAGUAGCAUGAAUAAACCACGCAAAGAACAUGUAAAUCAUCGUAGAGCAUGAACUGUGCGUGAUUAUUGCGUUGUUUAUAUGCAAUUCAUUAGUGAUUUGUGCGUCAAUUAUGUAAUUUGAAAGUACUAUGUGCGGCGCAUACGCGAUAUAAAAGUUAUACAUCUGUGGCACAUGCAUGAAAAGUCUGUUAGACAGACGUGGAAAGGUUGUGGAAAGCCAAAAUUUUGCGGAUGCACCUUGCAAAAAUCACACACAACUGUGGGAGAUUUACGUAAUAAUUGCGUAUAAACUAUGUAUCACAAAAGACACAUCUCAUCCGUGGAAAAUGAGAAAAAUGUACAUAGUGGCUGUGACAUGACCUUUAAGAGACCAUAGAAAGUCUUAAAUUUAACUUUUAUAUAAACCUGUUGGACGUUCGAAAGAACGCCUAAAACUAAAAGAUUCCAGUCACAAAAAGGUGUCGUCACAGUGAUGCAUCAACGUCUGUUACUGUCAUUCAAUUCCAGAUCAAAUAAAAGUGAAACAGAAGUUAUGAAGGUUUACAUUAACAGAGUGUAUGUGUUUGCACAAACAGAAACGAAACAAAUAUGUUUACAAAUAAUAGUUCAAUCAAAACACCUAAAGGUGCAGUAAAUGCAGUGUGUGGUGUUUAAAUGAAGAGGAGAAAAUACUCAUGUAACAUUAACAUUGGUAACAGUGGAGUGAGUUAUCUGACCCCUUUCUUUUGAUUUAAACUGGAGUUUUGUUGUCACUUUUUCUAUAUGUUCAACAAAAAUCAAGCAACAACAGACAAAAAACCCCUGGAGGGACUGAAAAGUAGCACAGUGGAUCAUCUUCAUUGUGAAAAUCUGCUUUUGUUUCUGUAUGUGAAAUAUUUUUACAUGCAAGUUUCAAACUGAUGCAUGUUCUGAGUCAUUUUUUUAACCAGAUAUUAUGAAAAGAGCAGUGGGCAUAAAAUGAAAGCUUACUGCUUCCCCUAUUAGAACGAAGCCAAAUACAUUUUCAUCCUCUAAAAUAAUUCCUGCCUUACGAGACUUCAGCCAUACAUUCCUGAUUCCACUUUUAUUAUGCGGAUUCUCCUUUGACUUGGAAAUCGUGAUAUAACACGUUCAAAACAAAGAGGAAAGAGGCCAUAUUCUGCAGUGUAACAAAAGUCUUCUUGUAUUUUAGAUACUGUAUGUUACUGUAUAGUUAUUUUUAACUGUAUACAUUUAUAAAUAACUUUCCGCUCUGAAUUGUUAGUUUCUGCAUGCAAACUUAAGCGCAAUACUGAAACAUUAGCAGAGAGAAGAUUGUAAAUAACAGUUGCACAAGCCUUUUAUUUGGCUAUGCAAGGCUAAAGAAGUUGCUUUAGCACAUUGUUAGCUUUGUUAUGACACUAAAGUUUAUCAAAAUCCUCUAUUUUAUUAUACAAGGGAGGCAUUUUGACUACAGGUUAAGAGAAAUAGGAUAUUUUCCGAAUCUGGGGUGAGAGUGUUCGGGUUUACAGGAAGGGCUAGCUAGCACUGUUAAAGGCAAGAGCCUUCUCUUGUCAGCCAGUAGGGGGAGCUGUUUGAGGGGUUGGACCAAUGCUCUGUUUUCAGGCUACCAGAUCAUUUUGUGAAACCAAGAACCACUAUUGUCAUCUGAUAUUCACUGCACUUAUGCUGCUGAAAAGGUACCCGUUUGUUGGCACAUUCUGGCUUUCCAUGGAAACGUUUCACCCGUGUUUGUCUUGAUACGGUUUUGUAAAUAUUUCAUUUGAAAUUCUAAAGGCAUUGCUGUUGUAGUCAAUAGAAACAAGUGUCAAGAGUCGUCUGUAUUCAGUCACUGGAUUUUCUUUAAUCACUUGGGUAUGCAGCUGCAAAGCUGAGCCACAUUGAAAACAUCUGUGAUUGGCAAGGAAAGACGCCUCCAAGCAAAAUGUUUCGCAUCAGGGUGCACUUGCAAACUGCAUUUGGUAUCUUGCAAUCUUGUGCUUUCCUUGUGAUCUCUGUCAUAAUUUAAAUGAUGUUUGUUGUGGCUUGUAGUUUUUUCAGUAAUGAAUCCUGAAAUGUAAAUAGGUUUUUAUCCCGUCACAACAUUCAUCCAGGUCAGUCCUCUAAUUAUUAAUAAUAGACAGGAUUGAUUCUCAUUGUAUUGAUGCACUUUGGUUGGAGUUAAAGGAUUUUCUUUUACUCUGUGGUCUUCAAUUACCCCGCUUUCACAUUACAUGAAAUUGUAGCCAUGCUCUGCUUUGGUUUUUCCUUUGGCUCCAUUUGGCAGCCAACUAAAAAGUGAAUCCUGCAUCCAGAAUGGCAGCACGGCUGUCGAGUGCAGGAAGUAGUGAACUGAUUUUGGUAGAUUUCAUUUGAUUGCACAGGGAAAUGGGGGUAGAUUGUAUGAAGUUCUACAUUCAGGGAGUAAAACUCAUAAUGCAGGGACGGACCCUGUGGUCCCAUGAUGCAAUCUGGUCUGACUUCAUAACAUGUCAGCAUUUUUUCAAGACGGGUCCCUCUUAAAUCCCAACUGUAAAAAAACAAAAACCUGAGAACAUCAACCUGCUUCGCCAGGAAGUCUACAAGGGCUUCUUCUAGUUUCCACUCCUGUUUUACUAUUAUAACUUCUACACUAUGCAAUCCUCAAGAUGGUGCAGUUAAAUGUUUGAAGCAUGCACAGUUUGGGUGAAUAAACAUUGUUUUUAUUGUUUGUUGAUUUAUUUUAUUAAAAACAAAAAAACAAAUAUAUAUAUAUAUAUAUAUAUAUAUAUAAAUAGAAUGAGAGAAUGACAGAUUUUUAAAAUUUAAAAAAAAGAUUUCUAUAUCCUCCUCUUCUGUUGAUGAGAAAAGCAUUUGAGUUGAUGCACUCCCAUUAGGUUGAACUUCAAACAUCUGGUGAAAUGGACACUCUCCUCACAAGGAUGUGAUCUAACAAGGAAUCCUUAAUCCUGGGGAUACCUUUGAUUUUCAUAGAGGUCAAAACUAAAGACAAUAUUUUAUUUUUCCGUUGUCUCAAUUCUUUUCUAUUUUGGAAUGUUUGCAUUUGUUUUAUACUUAUUAAUAAGUAAUGCAGAAUAAACAGUCAUUUAAUCAAUUCAACUGUCUAAAAUAUUUGUAUUUUCCUAUUAUUUAAAAAGACAUUAACUGAGCGUGGGCUCUUUAAGUUUGGGAUUGUUUUUGUGUUGUGUGCAAAAAAAUCCAAAUAAAAUACUGUAAUCUGGUUUUAAAA